GACCAGAGCAACAGCUAGAGAGAGAGAGAGAGAGAGAGAGAGAGCAGGAGAGAAAUCAAGGAAAAUCGAGAAAAGCAGGAGAAGUCGCCGAGCUCCAGGUCUCGGAAUCGAUCCCCUCGAUCGGCGAAAUGAAGCGCCGGAGCGGGAAGGGCUGACCCCCGCCGCGCCACCACCUGACGAUCCUCGGCCCACCGCCGGCGCCGGCAACCUUCGCCACCGGCGUCGCUCCCUUUUCCCGGCGCCGUCGUGGCCACAUGGACCUCGAGCGACCGCGGCUCGGGGGCUGACCUCGCCGAGGUUUGCCGCGGCGGAAUUUCGCUGAAGGUUUUCUAGGCGUUCCGAGGGUUUUGAUCGGCCGUGCAGAUCAUUCUUUCUUGUCUGUGGAAGCUUCAUUUCGGCGGGGGGGUUUUGCCGUGGUGUGAUCGGGCCAGGAUGGCGUCGUCGUCGUCGCACAAUGUCGAGUUGGAGGCGGCGAAGUUCCUGCAGAAGCUCAUUCAAGAGUCGAAAGACGAGCCCGCCAAGCUCGCUACGAAACUCUACGUGAUACUGCAACACAUGAAAUCGAGCGGGAAAGAACACUCGAUGCCGUAUCAAGUGAUAUCAAGGGCUAUGGAGACUGUGAUUAAUCAACAUGGUCUCGAUAUUGAGGCCUUGAAGUCCUCGCGCCUUCCUUUAUCAGGGGGAAAUCAAGCGGGAGAAUCCAUUGCAUCUACACAUGCUGGAUCUUCACAGGCAAGCCUACCUACCACAGCAGGCCUGGCUGAAAAUGAGAUGUCUAAGAGCGAUCCAUUUUCUUCAAAUAGGCAACCAGUUGGUCCAAAUGUUGGACCUGUUUAUUUUCAUGAACCUGCAGUGCAUAGAAGUGGUCAUUCACUUGAAAACGAAGGUUUAUCUAGUUUUGACCCAAGGUCUGCUAGUUUACAAUCGCAAGAAAGGCAUGAUCAGGCAAAUUGGGGAAGACAGCCAGAGGGUAGAAAGCUCGACACUAAGAGAAAAAGAGGAGAUUCAUCAGGUGCUGAAUCAAAUGCUGAGAAUUUCCAGAAAGUUGAUUCAUCUAACUCUUUGGUCCAUCAAAGGAAGGGAAAAGUGAACAAGGUUGAACCACUGGGGAGUUCAAUAGUUGGAGUUUCAAGAUCCAGGCUGGAAGAUCAAAUGCAGGUGGGUGGCUCUUCUCACGGGGGUCAUGGUUUUGCUCAUAAGGUGCAUGGUGAAAGAAGCAUGGAAGUCCUUCCUGUUGCAAGUUCUACCGAGAUUGAACAGAGCAUGAACAAAAGUGCCUCCCAGUUCAUAUCCUCUGCUCGAAGGGAUGAUGUUUCUACUGCUCUUGGCUCUGGAAAUCUCUUGGAACAUGAUAGAGGAAAGUCAAGUGUUCUAGACCAUGCCAGAAGGAACAUUCAGGAUCCUGGGCAGAAUAGUGUCUCCGAAGCGAUGUUGUCUAGAAGUUCGACUUUCAAAGAGACAGGGAAACGCCUUGCUGUCCCUGGCAUGCUGUUUAAGGAACAACAGUUAAAACAACUCAGAGCUCAGUGCCUUGUUUUCUUAGCCUUCAGGAAUGGUAUGGCACCAAAGCCUUUGCACCUUGAGAUAGCUCUCGGGAAUAUGCAUCAGAAAGAAGGUGGUUCUAUGGAUGGACAUCGGCCUGAGCUAGUUGCUUCUAAAGAAGUUGCACAAUCAUCUAAUGAGCCCUCAAAAGUUCCUAAUCUGGCAAAUCCACUUGGGAGACUGAAUAGGGUUGGGGAAACUGAGAGAAACUACCCAGCUUUGGCAGCUGGAAAUCUUUUGGGUUCCCAUUUUUUGAAAGAAGCCAACCAGGCAAAACUGUUGGAGAUUAGUGGCAAAUCAUCUCUAGACCAUAAUGCUCAUGAAGAAGAAAGGAGACGCCUUAUGGCUAAUAAAACUCUGGAGCCUGAGAUGCAAAUUCAAACUGAUUCACAGUAUCGUUGCGAUACCCACCAGCCAAUAGUAUCAAGUACCAUGGAGUUGGGAGUUAGCGGUCAGGUUGAAAAUGUCGAGAAGGAUAGAAGAGCUUUUAUCGAUGAACAUCAGAAUUUGAUGCUGAUGGAUGAUGCAAAUGGGAUGCCAAGAAAUGUAUCUCGUGAAGUGUCAGCAAUGGGAGCAGAAGAGGAAGAAGAAGAUAACUCACCCUCUUCUGGGCUGCCGCCUCCAAAGUACACGAUGUUGGAGAAAUGGGUUAUGCAUCGGCAGAGAAUAAAAUUCUCCGAUGAACAGAACUGGUCUCAAAAGCGGCAGAAAGCCCGGCAAAGAAUUGCCACAUCCUUUGACAGGUUAAAGAAAUCUGUGAGUUCUUCUGAGGAUUUGUCCACAAAAACCAAAAGUGUCAUCGAAUUGAAAAAGCUGCAGCUAUUGGCGCUUCAACAGCGUCUGCGGAGUGAUUUUGUGAAUGAUUUCUUUAAACCAGUAAUGGCUGAAAUGGAUCACUUGCGAUUAUUCAAGAAACAUAAGCAUGGUCGUAGGGCAAGACAGAUAGAAAGAUAUGAACAGAAAAUGAAGGAAGAACGUCAGAAGAGAAUUCGUGAGCGGCAGAAGGAGUUCUUUGGUGAUCUAGAAGUUCACAAAGAACGACUCGAUGAUGUGUUUAAGAUUAAGAGAGAACGAUUGAAGGGUUUUAACAAGUAUGUGAAGGAAUUUCACAAGAGGAAGGAGCGAAUACAUCGUGAGAAGAAUGACAGAAUCCAGCGUGAAAAGCUCACUCUACUUAAGAUCAAUGAUGUUGAGGGAUACCUGCGCAUGGUGCAGGAUACGAAAUCAGAUCGUGUUAAGCAGUUGCUCAAAGAAACUGAGAAGUACCUUCAGAAGCUUGGUUCCAAACUACGAGAAGCGAAGGCAGUGGCAAAACGCUGUGAAAAUGAUAUUGAUGAAGAUCAAUCUUUAAAUGUGUUAGACAAGAGUGAAUCUGCUUUUGAGAAUGAAGAUGAUGGUGACCAGGCAAAGCACUACAAAGAGAGCAAUGAAAAAUACUACAUGAUGGCGCACAGCAUAAAAGAGAGCAUAGCAGAGCAGCCAAACACACUAAAAGGCGGAAAGUUGAGGGAGUACCAAUUAAAUGGUCUAAGAUGGUUGGUCUCUCUGUACAACAAUCAUUUGAACGGAAUACUUGCUGAUGAAAUGGGCCUUGGUAAAACUGUUCAGGUUAUUUCCUUAAUUUGUUAUCUGAUGGAAACAAAAAAUGACCGAGGGCCUUUUCUAGUUGUUGUACCUUCUUCGGUUUUAUCUGGUUGGGAGUCGGAAAUCAAUUUCUGGGCCCCUGGCGUGCAAAAGAUAGUCUAUGCUGGGCCUCCGGAAGAAAGACGUAGGUUAUUCAAGGAAAAAAUUGUUCAUCAGAAGUUCAAUGUCCUUCUGACAACUUAUGAGUAUCUUAUGAACAAGCACGACAGACCAAAACUAUGCAAAAUACACUGGCGCUACAUUAUAAUUGAUGAAGGUCACAGAAUUAAGAAUGCUUCUUGCAAGUUAAAUGCUGAUUUGAAACACUAUCAGAGCUCCCACAGAUUGCUUUUGACUGGGACACCAUUACAGAACAACCUUGAGGAGCUGUGGGCACUACUUAACUUCUUACUGCCAAAUAUUUUCAACUCAUCAGAGGAUUUUUCUCAGUGGUUCAACAAACCAUUCGAGAGCAAUGGUGAUAAUUCACCUGAUGAAGCGCUGUUGUCUGAGGAGGAGAAUCUUUUGAUUAUCAACCGGCUUCACCAAGUUCUUCGACCAUUUGUGCUUCGAAGGCUGAAACACAAGGUUGAAAAUCAGCUGCCGGAAAAGGUUGAGAGGCUAGUAAGAUGUGAAGCAUCUGCAUAUCAAAAACUACUGAUGAAGAGAGUGGACGAUAAUCUAGGGUCUCUGGGAAAUUUGAAGUCACGGGCAGUGCAGAACUCUGUAAUUGAGCUUAGGAAUAUAUGCAAUCAUCCUUAUCUCAGCCAGCUUCAUACAGAUGAGGUUGAUGGUUUAAUCCCCAAGCAUUAUCUGCCUCCAAUCAUCAGACUCUGCGGGAAGCUUGAGAUGUUAGAUCGGUUGCUGCCGAAACUGAAAGCUACGGAUCAUCGUGUUCUGUUCUUUUCCACAAUGACGAGGUUGCUUGAUGUAAUGGAGGAAUAUCUUGGCAUGAAACAGUAUCGUUAUCUUCGUUUGGAUGGGCACACCUCUGGGGGUGACCGUGGUGCUCUUAUUGAGAAAUUCAACCAUCCUGAUUCGCCGUAUUUUAUAUUUUUACUGAGCAUUCGUGCUGGUGGUGUUGGAGUAAACCUUCAGGCAGCUGAUACAGUGAUCUUAUUUGACACUGACUGGAAUCCACAGGUCGAUCUCCAAGCGCAGGCUAGAGCUCAUAGGAUUGGCCAGAAAAAGGAUGUACUGGUUCUUCGAUUUGAGACGGUUCAUACUGUAGAAGAACAAGUCAGAAGAUCAGCAGAGCACAAGCUUGGAGUUGCCAAUCAGAGUAUCACUGCUGGCUUUUUUGAUAAUGACACCAGUCCCGAGGAUCGAAGAGAAUACCUAGAGUCUCUGCUUAGAGAGUCCAAGAAGGAGGAAGCUGCUCCUGUCCUGGAUGAUGAUGGUCUAAAUGACAUUUUAGCCCGGAGCGAGUCAGAGAUUGAUGUGUUCGAGUCAAUUGACAAACAGAGACAUGAAGAGGAGACGGCCACAUGGGCAAAAUUGGUACAUGGAUGGGAGAAAGAUGAUUCGAAACUUCUGCCUCCAUUGCCUCCUCGCCUAGUGACUGAUAAUGACUUGAAAGAAUUCUAUGAAGCAAUGAAGGCGUACGAAGUGUCAACCAGUGGGAUGACGUCGGCAAAUGGAGCAAAGAGGAAAUCUGGGUAUGCAGGCAGCCUUGAUACCGAACAAUAUGGACGGGGCAAGCGUGCAAGAGAGGUGCGGUCGUACGAAGAACAAAUGACUGAAGAGGAAUUUGAAAAAAUGUGUCAAGUUGAAUCUCCUGAUUCUCCUAAGUUGAAGGAUGAAGAGGCAAAAAAAAAAUUACCUGUAGAGCCCAAAGUGGAGCCCAAAGUAGAGCCCAAAGUAGAGCCCAAAGUAGAGCCCAAAGUAGAGCCCAAAGGGCAGGCUGUUGUUACACAGCCUUCUGCUCCACUUCCUCUGCCUGCAUCAUCUCCCUCUAUACAACCAUUACCCGUGAGCUUAAAGAACGAGGUAACGCCUCCAGCUAAACGAGGACGAGGAAGACCAAAAAGAGUGGUUGCAAAUACUUCUCCGAUGGUACCUGUUGUUAUAGCCCCUACUGAAGCUGUUAAAGUUCAUGGAGACUCACAAGGAGUUCUUUCUAGCCACGCAGCUUCCCCCACUCUUGACCAAUCUCAAAUAUCAACUCCUUUGAAAACUGAUGUCACGGUCAUGCCUCAUUCUGCUGGCGGGUUCACACCUACAUCCCAGGCAAGUCCUUUGCCUCCUUCUGUCGGUCCUCAAACUACUGCUGGAAGUCAUUCUGCUCCGCCAGAGGCAAAAGAACCUGGACGGAAGGCUCCAAGUCGAGCAGAAGCACCAAGAGGCAGGGGAAGAAAAAGGGCUGUAGGGGUUCACACGGCUCCAGAUCACUUUCCUGUUCUGGAUGCAACAGCAAAGGAGCAAUUUCAGAGUAAAUCUGCUGAUUCAACUAUGAUUAAGACCAUUGCUCCAAGUGAAGGCGCUUCCAUUUCUCCUGCAACCCAAGGUCCUGAAUCUACUUCUGCAGCAUUAGUUGGAGUAGAUUUGAGUGGAACAUCGAUUUCUGUUGUAGGAAGUGCUUUGAACUCCAUGCAGCCGUCAGGCCCUUCACCGCUUUCUUCUUCUGUCGUAGGUACUCCAUUGAUAAGUUCUAGCCCUUCCAUGGUUUUGGAGAGUAGAGGGCAUAGUCAAAAAAGUCAAAGUGCCGGUGAAGCACCAAGGCGUGGGCGAAGGAGAAAGACUUCCAUAUCUCAUACUUCAUCUGAUGUCCCUAUCGGUCAGGAUGUGAAAUUGAGUUCAAAAGCAGACCAAACGGGCACAUUAAGUGUUAAUGAGAUGAAUAAGCAAGAGGUCUCUAGUUCUGAAAUUGUUAAUGUUGGAACUGCAAGAGCUGGUGAGGCCUGUAUACCCACAGGUGGAUCUGUUUUGGACACGAAGAAUUUAAACUCUGUUCAAAGCAAACUGUCAGUGGGUUCAUCAACAGUUCAAGGUGGUGGCCAUGACGUCUCAAGUUCCUUAGGUCAAAUUCAAAGUUCUGGUUUAGCUGAUGUUGCAACUGCAUCUUCAAAAAGUGGCGGGCCAUUGGGAAGUGAGGGUGGAGGUACAUUGCCGUCACCUGCACUAACAAGUUCUUUUUCGGAAGGAGCACAUGUGGCUUUGUCAACAUCGAAGUCUGCACCAUCCAUUAGCCUUGAUUGUUCUACACCUUCAGAAAGUAGCAGUAGAACUGUGCACUCUCAGGACGUGAAGAAUGCUCAUAGCUCUGUUUCAGUCUCAACUUGCCCACCUGGGUCUGUGCAAGGUACAAGGCAAACUCGUAAAAACCAGGGCAGAGCUGAGACACCCAGACGGAGGGGCAGGAAGUCAGCUUCUGUUUCAACUCAGGUUCCAGAUGUCUCAUCAGGCAAACAAGAUACUGAUGGUCAGCAGCUGAUAGAUGUUACCAAGGAUCCAAAGUCAACAUGCCAAACUGAUUCUCCUUCUAAAUUCAAAUCACCUGCCACCUCAACAGGUGGCCAGGACACUUCCUCCAGACCUCAGAGCCUCAAUUUUGGACAAAAGAACAAUGCUGAUGUUCGUUAUGUUGCUUCUAUGAUGAAGGAAAUUUUGUCUGAAAACCGCUUGUCCAAAACUAAAAUUGGUGAACGGUCACAUGGAGAGAGUUUGUCUACUUCAAUCUUGCAAAGUCCAGGUGAUGCGUCUGUUGAGGUGAACAAAGAACAGAGUGUAAUGGCCACAACUUGUUCAGGUGGAUCAAUUGCAGAAAUGGAUACUCCUGGGGUUGAUCUUCAAACUCAGAGUAAUCAGCAUGAGCGAGAAGGUACUGGAGCAGUAGAAGAGAAGAAGUUGCCAAUUGUUUUAAAACCUGUAGUCUGUGCCCUUGAAAGUAAGGUAGCCACUGGCUCUUUAGACACUCCUGUCAAGGGGCAAGUUACCUCUGAAAGCUUGGAUGAAAUGCCUGCUAUUCCUCCUGGUUUUGAGAAAUUUGACAUUGCAGCCAGCAAAAUGAAUAUUAUUGGACAAAAUGUAGUUGUGAGUGCACUUCCAUCAGCUGCAAGUGAGAUGUCCGCUGAGGUAGCUGUAAACCAAACUUCCAAAUGUGUAACAGAGUCAGCUAUUUCAUCAAAAAAUGUGACUACAGAUAGUGACAGCAACUCUAUGAAGAGAGUGGAUUCUGUUUCAAAUGAGGCUCAUGAUUCAAGCUCUUGUAUCCAUAAAUGUCCAUCCCUCACCACUGUUGGGUCUGUUGAAACAGGUACUGGUGUAACACUGCCUGAUGGAGAGGAUUUUGUGAAGGAUGUUGCUGCAGAAGUUAUACAAGCAGAUUUGAAUCUUGGAGAAGAAGACAAUGCUAGACAAUGUGCUUCUGACGAUGAAAAUAAAGUCAAAUCCAUUGAGAAAGCUGCUGCAGAUGCAGUAGAAUCGACUGAAAAUCUUUUUCAGAGACAAGCUGAUUGUGCUUCGGACAAUGAGAAUAAAUUCAAGUCCAUUGAGAAAGCUUCUGCAGAUGCUAUAGAAUCGACUGAAAAUCUUUCUGAGAGGCCAUCUGCUUCAGUUGAUGAUCGUGCAUGCUGCAUGGGGGUGCCUUCGGCUUCUUUAGGCAAAGCAGAGCUGACGGUCACUGGUGUGAAUAGUUUUGGCUCUGAAGCAGAUAUCUCUUGUAGAGACUCUGGGAAGUCUUUUCUUGAUGUUGCCAAUCCUAUGGGUCCCUCCUCAGAGACAAUAGUUGGCAGUGAUUCUGGUGGUUGUGAAGUAGAGACAGCAAUCCUGGAGAGUCAAGGCCAUUCUGCUGUACCCGAUUCUACUGCCUUACAGGACAGUGCUGCUGAGCAAAAAACUGAGCCUCCAUUAGAGGAGCAUCUGAAUUCGCCCCAUGGCAGCAACUUUGAGGGCUUUGGAAGGUCAAUGAAAAUUGAUGCUGUCAGUGAUAAUGAUGAAGUGGUUAAAACUUCGCUUUCAGAGCAUUCAGUUCAAUUGGUGCCCCUCGGAAGUUAUUUGGCUGGAGAUGACCAAAUAAAUAAUUCCCAGGCUGUUCGAGCUAGCUCAGAAAAUAUCUCAAAAGAAAAGGCUCUUCCUUCACUAUCUUUGAUGACAGAGGAAGGACAGAGCAUCAGUGCAUUUGAAAAGGGUCCUCUUGAAGGCUUUGAAGCAACUGGGGACAAGGAGACUGCUGUUUGUGAUGCUGUCCCUCAGGUUAGUGAAAUUAUCUCAGGAAGCAUGCCAAGGAGCAUGGAUGUGAUGCUCGCUUCGGUAAUGAAAGAAGAUAAAACUGCAGCCCCCUCAGAGAAUCUGAUGACCAGUGGAGUUUCUACACAGGAAGCAAAAGUUGACGUAGCUCAGACUUCUGAAACAAUGGAAGUUUCUGAGAAUGCUGACAGUUUAUUAGGUAAUUCAUCAAGAAAUGCAGAUAUACUUGUAAAAACCAAUGAAGAAAGUACAGAAAGCUCAAUCCCUAUGGAUACUGACAUUAGCAGCUCAGUUGUGAAUAUAGAAAGAGAAGGGGAAAACAAUAGUGUUGUGGAUGAGACCAAUGUGUCUAUAGUUGAUGGGGCUUUGCCAACAUGUAUAUUAGAAGAAACACAUAACCCUUCAAACAUCUGUACAGGUGAAGGACCUAUAGGGGACUCAAAUGUCAUGUCUUCAAUUGAUGUUGAAACACUGAGUGGAGAAAAACUUGAAGCUGAGGUGGAUGCUUCUCCGGUUUUAGGGAAUGGUUCAGAGAAUCAAUUAGGAGAAGCAUGUCUGCCUUCAUCUUCCAUGAUAACACAUGAAGGGAAAAGUGACAAUUCCCCGGUCAAGUGUCCUGUUGAGAGUUCAGCCUUGUACAAGAAAGUACAAGGGGAUAUUAAGGAAAUCAAUGAUGGGGAAAUUGCAUCACAGGGGAGUGAGAUUGUGCCUGAACUUGCAUCAGGAAGCAUGGAAUCUUCUCAAGUAAAUCAGCUUGAACCCCAAGUGGUAUCUGAAAGACACGUUUCUUCCCCAGUGACAAACAUCGAGCCGUCUGAGAUGAAACCAGGAGUACAUGAAACUGAUAUUGGUGAUGGCAAGGAUACUUCUCAGAUUGCUGAGGUGCUUCCUGAAGAUGCUUCUGACAGAAAUGAACCAUUACCAAUGCAAAGGACAAGUAUAGAAAAAAUUCGGGAUGACUAUGAGGAGAAAGCAGAUGAGUGUGAUGGAAUUGAUGCUCCUUGUGUUGAUGGGAAUGUACCUGUAAACCUACAUGAGGGAAAAAGUAACUAUUCACCGGUCAAAUGUCCUGUUGAGAGUUCAUCAUUUGAGAAAGUACAAGGGUGUAUCAAGGACAUCAAUGAUAGGGAAAAUGCUUCACAAGGGAGUGAAAGUGUGCCUGACCUAGCAUCAAGAAGCAUAGAAUCUUGUCAAGUAAAUCAGCUUGAGCCCAGAGUGGUAUAUGAAGGACACGAUUCUUCCCCAGUGACAUACCUUGAGUUGUCUGAGAUGAAACCAGGAAUACAUGAAACUGAUAUUGGUGACGGCAAGGAUACUUCGCAGAUUGCUGAGAUUCUUCCUGAAGAUUCUUCUGACAGAAAUAAACCAUUACCAAUGCAAAGGACAAGUGUCGAAAAAAUUCAGGAUGACUAUGAGGAGAAAUCAGAUGAAAUUUGUGAUGGCAUUGAUGCUCCUCAAGUUGGUGGGAAUGUGCCUGUAAACCUAUCAGAAAGGAUGGACUGCUCUCAGGAAGAAUUGGUCAAGGACUCCUCCACGAAGAGAGCCGACGGGUAUGAAAUUAUUAAUGGGAGAGAUCCUUCUCAGCCUGGGUUUGUGCCUGAUAAUGGAUCUAACAUGGAUCCUACUGAGCUUGUUGAGACUGAAUAUACAUCUGAAAGAAUUGAGCCUUUAUCUUCACAAAUGAUAGUCACAGAAACGGUUCAGGAGUCCUUUGAGCAGAAACCAGAAGGACAUGGUACUUCAAUUUGUGAUGGAAUAGAUAAUUCUCCGGUGGACACAGUCAUGCAUGACGACAUUGAAAAGCAUGGACCCUUCUCAGAUAGUUGAGCUUGAGAAUGCAUCUGAAAGAAAUGAACGUUUAUCUUUGCAAUCAACAGAAGAAGAAUCUGUUCAGCCUUCCUCUGAGGAGAGACCAGCAGAGCAUGGAACUGCAAUUUGUGAGGGAAUUGAUGCUGCUAAGUUGGGUGGUUCUGUGCAUGAGUAUCCAUCUGAGAGCAUGGAUGUUGAUCCUGUGGAUACAUCUGAGAGAGAUGGACCACU